AAGGCGCCGUCUGUGCGUCUUUUUGUCUCUCUGCCUGCCGCUGUCUCUGUCUCUGUGUCCGUGUUUCUCCGUCCUUGUGUCUGACUCUACAUUUCGGUCUGUGUGUCUUGUCUGUCUCUCGUGUCCCUGUUUUUCUCUGCAAUCCUCUCUCCAUCUCUGUCUCUCUCAGUCCCCAGGUCUCUACCUCUCUAAAUGUCCGUGUCCCUAUCUCUCUCUCUGAGUCUCUGACUCUCCCUGCAUCUCUUUCCCGCUCUCUAAAUGUCUCUGUGUCCAUUUUCCGUCCUCUCCCUCUGGCGCUGAGCUCCCUCUACCCGCAUGUUUCCGUCUCCCGCCCGUGCCCUUCUCCGGUCCCGGAUCUCCGUCUUCAUCUCCCGCAGGGCCUGUGGGGGCGCCUCGCCUCUCUUCCUACCGCCUCCUGUGGCUUCGGCGCGGGCUGGGUGGGCGGCUCAGCGGGCCGCCGGCGCCCCCGUGUGGCCGCAGGGCUCGUCGGGAGAGGCCGGGGGGCUGAGUGAGAGCUGUGGUGUCUGUGCGUGACACCGGAAGAUGGUGUGUGACACCGGGAGACCGUGUGAGUGUGCACUGCCCUGAGGUGGCGUGUGACUCCAAGAGAUCUGAGAGUGUGUGCUGUCCUGAGAUGGUGGGUGACACUGGGAGAGUAACGAGUGCGUGACUGCUGUGUGUGGCUGUGUGACAUUGUGAGAUUGUGACAAGGAGCGAUUGAGUGGGACUGCAUAUGUGAGAAAUGACAUGUAGGUUACUGUGUGGGUGAGAUUGUGGGUGACCCUGUGUGGCGGCGGGAGGGUAAGUGUUAUUGGGUGUGAGAGAGACACUCUUUGGGGGACUGUACGUGACACUGAGAGAUGACAUGCGGGAGUGAGAGACCGUGUGUGAUGGGGUAUGUGAGAGAGGCAGCGUGUGUGACUGUGUGCGACAUGGUGAGGAUGUGAGCGCUGUGUGUGUCACACGAGCAGAUUCUGUGUGAGAGAGGGCGAGACGAUGACCGGGAUCCACGGAGAGAGGGUGUGAGUGGCAUCGUGAGAGGCGCAUAGGGGCCUUGGGUGUCACUCUCAGAGUGAGACGGUACGCGUCGGCCACGCUGUGAGAAAGUGUGUGACUAAGUGUGACACUGAGCUUGUGUGUGAUGUGUGAUGCUGAGAGACUAUCACAGUGUCGUGACUGUGUGUGCCUGAGUGUGCCACGUGCGAGGGAGACCUUGUGUGUGUAAGUGUGCGGAGCUGGGAGAUUGCCGUGUGGGCGUGGAUGAGACAGCAUGUGAUGGUGACAGCCUUGUGUUUACACACUGUGAGGCCCAGCAAGAGAUUAUGUGCACGAUGGCGCAUGUGUGUGAAACACUGUGAAUGUGAGAGAUCCUGUGACACACUGAGCCAUCGUGUGUAACUCUAAUACGUAUGACACCAAGAGAUGGAGUGUGUGCAUGUGACCGGGACAGGCUCUGUGUGGCUACGUGCGGAGGGAAUGUGUUAGAUGUGUGUGACACUGGGAGAUUGUGCUGGAACGUGUGUGACUGUACGUGGGUGUCACUGGAUAGGUGACUGUGUUACUAGGAAAUACUAUAAAACAGGGUGUGAUAGUACUUGGCAGGGAGGUUGCAGGGUAUUUGCAUGUCACCAUGUGAGACACUGAGAAAGUGUAUGAGGCUGCGAUAGGGUGUGAGACUAAGAGAGUUUAAAUUGCACAUGAAUGUGUGUGACUUUUGAGAGAUUGUGUGUGACACUGCGACAAACUGCUGGUACAUUUGACACUCUGAGAUAGUUUAUCUGACCAGGCAGUCAUGGGAGCUGCUACUGGUGAUGGUGUGCCACGUCGUGAGUGAUUGUGUGUGGCAUUUUGAACGACCAUGUGACGAUGUGAGCACAGCUGGCCCAUGAGACCGUGUGGCACUAUGUGACACAGUGAGAUAGUGUGCAUCUCUGUGUGAGGGACUGCCAGCGUGAAUCUGUAUGCUAUUGGGAGGGGUCCCUCUCUGAUGGGGUAACACUGAGGUGGCGAGUGUGCCCGCAUGUGACAAGGCCAGAGAGCAUGUGUCAGGGAGGGAGGGAGAGGCUGUGUGGGGCGCCCAGGAGGGGUUUGUGUGACUGGAAUAAAUGCAGCAGGGCAUGGGGCGCUCCUAGAGAGACUGUCUUUUCCUGUGACUGUGAGAGAGACACAGAGAGGGAGAGAGAGACAAAGAGAGAGAGGACCCAGAGAGACAGCCCCAAGGUGGGGCGGAAGGUGGCAGCGGGAGGAGGCGGGUCCUCCGGGCCGCGCCCCAGGGGAGGGGGCGGGGCGGGCUGGGGGCGCCCAGACGCUGCCUCCCAGCCUCGGCCACCGCGCGCCAUCCCAGCCCUGAGCAGCAACAGGUAGGAGGCUCUGGUCCUGGCCCCAGCAGCUAGUCGCUUUGCCCGCUCCGCGACCACCGUCUGUCGGCCUGGGAAUGAAUGAGUGAGUGAGUGAGUGAAUGACCGUAUUCUCCUGCGUCCCCAUCGGCCUGUCUCUCCCUCUGUCCCUCCAUUUCCCCCCUGCCCCUCCUUGUUCCUUCUCACCCCCAAACCCUCCCUCUCCGCCUGGUCCCUUCUUUCCUCUGUCCCUGUCUCCCCCACCUCCCUUUAUGCUCUGGGAGCUUCUCUCCCCCUCUGUCACUCUGUCCCUUCCUCUGCCCCUCCAUUGUCCCUCUAUCUGCUUCCUCCUUCGCUUCACCCCCCAUCUCUCCAUUUCUCUCUCUGUCCCUCCUUAGUCUCUUCGUCUCCCCCAUGCCUCAGUCUCUCCCUCUGUCACUUUGUCCCUCUCUCUGCCAGUCCAUUUGUCCCUCUCUCCAUCGCUCUGGCCCUCUCCCCGGCCUCUCCCCUGGCUGCUAAUGAGCAGAGGAGCCUUUGAGGUGGCCAGGGCUUGGGGGAGCGCUCUCCGAGGGGGGCGGAGGGGGCAGCUGCUGCCAAGGCCCUAAUGAGCCCCCUCUGCGCCCCUCCCGCCGCGAUGUGAAAUCCCAGUUCUCCCUAGAGCCACCGCUAAUUGGCCUGGGGAGGGGCCCCCCUCCUAGCUCAUGCUCCAUCCCUGGGGGGUGAGGACACCUGGAUCCUGAUCCAGCACCUGUGGCCCUGUCCUUCUGUCUCUCCCUCCACCUGCCUCUCAGCCUCCCAGCUGUGCGUCCUGUCCCUCCUGCCUCCCCUCGCCCCUCUCUGCUCCUCUCCCCACCUGCCUCUAGGUGCCUCCAUCUGUGCACCCCUGCACCCCUCUGGUUCCUCUCCCUGUCCUCUGUCCCUCCCUCCACCUGCCUCCGGGCACACCAUUCGUGCGCCCUUCUACCCACGCCCGUUACCCGGGCCCACCUCCACCACCCCCACCUCGGGACCCAGACGUGUCCUAACCUACCCCCCCACCCGCACCCUCCACUCUCGCCGGCUUUUAACCCCUUCCCCGCUGCAGCCAUGUCUAACAACAUGGCCAAGAUCGCCGAGGCCCGCAAGACGGUGGAACAGCUGAAGCUGGAGGUGAACAUCGACCGCAUGAAGGUGUCGCAGGCAGCGGCGGAGCUCCUGGCUUUCUGCGAGAUGCACGCCAAAGACGACCCACUAGUGACGCCGGUACCCGCUGCCGAGAACCCCUUCCGCGACAAGCGCCUCUUUUGUGUCCUGCUCUGAGCCCUCCCGACAGCUUACCCUCCCCUGCCAAAGUAUGAAUCCAAUAAACUUGCUGAUUGUG